AACGGCAAGCAAGCAGUCCUCUUGGUUCCGUUCUCUCUUCGUUCUGGACAAUCUCCCGGCUCGUGGCACAGACUCCGAUUUCAUCGACUCCAAGAGAAAUUGGCCAUUCCUUGAGCACGAAAGAACAUACUUUAUCAAUUGUCUUCGAAACACGGAACAACCAAUACAACUAAACUUUUCAUCGAGCUUGUUCUCAUCAUUUUCAGUUUGUUCGUUCGUUUGUUCAUUAGUUCGUUUGUGUGUUCGUCUUGUUCUUCUGCUUAUUUGAUUAUUUUUCAAUUGUGUUAAAAUUGUAACGUACAUCGGUUAGUAUCUCGUCUAAGAAGUCUAGCAGCUGGUCUACCGGUAACGUCUCUAUCGUGCACCUGCAUCGUGCCCUACAACCGGUCCGAUCUUAAUGGGCUUUCGCACGGGCCAGUGAUUUUUAAUGGACCUCUUUCGCUACUCUUGUUAAUUGGGUCAAGUACUCGAAAGUUGACGCGAUUCUGGGACGCUUUACCCAAAACGAAUUACAACGAAUAGUUAUUUCGAAGGAUUAAACAAAUAACACAGUGCUAUUUUCUUUGGAUCUUCAAUUAUUUAUCAUACGAAACAGCAUCAUCCACCCCUCCUGUUCUACCGGACGUCGUUUUCUUUUCUUUAAAUUAAUAAGAAAAGAAAACAGGAUCGUGUGAGAAGAAGCAAAGCGCAACGGCAUCGAUUCGAUCUGCUUCCUAAAAGGAUUUCCACAUUCGACGAAACAGAAGAGCAAGGUGUUUGGUGCAGUGCGAAUCGGAGUAUAAAAACGUAUGCGCUUAACGCAUUAGUGUUAGGUGAUCGAGGGGAAAAAUAAAAUUAAAAAAAAAAAGAAAAUAAAUCAAUUAAUUAAUUAAUUAAUUAAUUUAAAAAAGAAGAAGAAGAAAAACAUAAAAGGAAAAAUAACUAAACAGAAAUUGGAAAAUUAAACGACGCGAUGAGGUUGAUGAUUUCAUCUAGGAAAGAGGACCUCUCGGAGGGACGUUGACAGAAAAUUAGAAAAAUUUCAAAAGGAUAUAAAACAAAGUGAAACGAUUUUUGAAGAUGACCGUCACGAUGGAACACAAGAGGAAGAGUUCGUGGGAUUCAAAGAUCUCGGUGAGCACGGUUAGCACGAGAAGAUUCAGUCGAGCUGGUACACCAAGUUCCAUUUUGUCUUCGGACAGCGACAUCAGAUUCACGAGGAAACUUGGUGGUCAAUAUAGAUGUGGUUGCUGCGUACUGGCUGCCUUCUUAUUCUUCCUUCUAUUUUCUGGCGUUUCAAUAUACCUCGGCUACACGUUCCUAACGUCGGAAUCACCAGCGGAUCAAAUAUUCUUAGCAACUUUCCGUGUUACCGAGGGAGAUUACUUUGCAUUGGAACUGGCAGAUCCCUCUACCGAAGCAUUUCGCAUUAGAUCGAGAGAAUAUCGCGAUCGGAUUAAUCUUAUUUUCCGUCGUAGUUGGCUCAAACUUUCAUUUCUUGCAUCGGAUGUCUUAGCACUCGACGGGGUGGAAGGUCGCGACUUGGUGGUUCAUUUCGACGUCAGAUUUGAUCCACGAUAUCAAACGAUCACCACCAGCAACGUGGUCGACAUUUUAUCGCGCGAAAUCGAUCCCAACAGUACGAAAUAUUUAUCGAAUUUAACGAUAGACGCCAAAAGUCUCGAGGUUCAAGAAAGUUUAACAGCGUUAAACGCACAAGUCAGCCUCCAAACAACAAUUUCAACGAUUCCUCCAACUACAACAGCACCACCGCCAAGAAGAUGCAGUAUUUUGGAAUUAUCUUAUUGCAAACAUCUUCCAUACAACAUCACUUCCUAUCCGAAUAUGUUGGGACACCGUUCUUUGAUCGAUGUCGAAGAAGACGUUAUUGCAUUUAGGGAAUUAGUAGACGCCGAAUGUUAUCGUUCAGCAUACGAUUUCGUCUGUCAGGUUUUACAACCUGCCUGUUUAACCGGUGAACCCGAAGAUUUAUUGCAAUUACCCUGCCGAAGUUUUUGUCGAGAAUUUUGGAACGGUUGUGGAAAUAGACUUCCCGACAGGAUCAAACGAGCCUUGGAUUGUUCCAAUUUUCCUGAAUACGCCGACGUUGGUAGUUGCCGACCAAAACCAGGAUGCGUGCAAACGCUUCAAUCGAAGGCCCUGUCGCCAAGAAUUUGCGACGGUGUGAUCGAUUGUCCGGAUUUGGCUGAUGAAAAAAAUUGUGCAUAUUGUCGGGACGGUUAUAUGCACUGCGGGGUUGGGAGAACUUGCAUUCCUCAUAACAAACGUUGCGAUGGUAAAAUUGAUUGCCCAAAUGGAAGCGACGAGAAAGAUUGUCUAUCAUUGUCGCAAAGUGUACGAGCAGUUAAAUCCCAGCCAUGGGAUACACCCCAUGCCGCGAAAUAUAACAGCGAGGGUUACGUUGUUUUUAACGAAAAAGGUACAAUCGGUAAAUUGUGUACGGAAAAUUUGAACGCCACUAUGCCAUCGACAGAAAUGGAAACUGUACUUCAAACUGUAGCCAAUUCUCUUUGUACUUUAUUAACAUAUACUGGCGUCCAAUCUGUCGAGGUAAGAACCGAUGAAGAAGAAGACGUUCAAUACGUUCACAUGGAAGAUCCAUCGGCUACAGAAAUCACAUUUGUUAGGGCACCCUGUCCAAGUAAAGACGUCAUGUACAUCCGUUGUUCUGAACUUGAAUGCGGAGUACAGGCAUUACGAAAUAAAGGUAAACAGGGUCUAAGUAAAAUGGCAGAACCUGGUGAUUGGCCUUGGCACGCGGCACUUUUUAAAGAAGAGGUUCACGUUUGCGAUGCUACUUUGAUUGCUGAAACUUGGUUACUCACUACUGCUUCUUGUUUCCAAGGACAACCAAAAGCAGAAUGGUCUGCGAGAUUAGGCACAGUACGUCUUUCGAGUACGUCACCGUGGCAACAGGAACGUAGGAUUGUAGGAAUGAUUAAAUCUCCAGUUGAAGGAAGUACGACUGUUCUGUUAAAAUUAGACAGACCUGUUACCACUUAUUCGGAUUUUGUCAGACCAGUUUGUUUACCAUCCGCUCAAGAUCCACCAUCGACCAAUGCAUCUCAAUGCAAUACUCUGGGUUGGGCUAGAAAUCGUGAUAUGCUUCAAAGAGUACAACUGAGGCAUAGUGCGAUGGAAAAAUGCGAAAACAUAAGUAUCGCAUCUGUUAACAGCGUUUGUACCGAACCUGCGUAUUCGGUGGAUGAUUGCAAUGAAGAAGAAGUUGCUGGUAGUCCAAUGCUUUGUCUACAAUCUGCCAGUCAAACUUGGGCACUAACAGGAGUUGGUAGUUGGCGAAUAGCUUGUUCUAAAGCAGGCAUUGAAAGACCUAGAUUGUAUGAUCAAAUAUCUUCUAAUAUCGCUUGGAUCAAAUCGACGAUUAGUUAAAUACUCGCAAUCGUUACAAAUUCAAAAGUAAUUAACUAUGAUAUCUAUUCGAUAUGAAAGUAUUUUUUUUGUUUUUUCUUGACGAAACAGUAAGUCGUUUUAAAAAUGAAAACAACGUACACGUACUGAAAUAAAAAUUGUGAUAAAAAUGUGCCGGUAAUUGUAAUAACUGUGAAAUUAAAUCAACAAAAUAUAUAUAUUCUAAAUUUAUCCUAUACGAUUUAACGAUUAUUCAUUUUGUUCUCUAUUUUGUUACGUAUCAAAACCGCUGUUCAAAUUAUCGGCACAAAUAUUUUAAAUCAUGAACAAUAUAGGAUAUAUAUUUUUUUCUAUUUUGCAUAAUU